AUGGGGAAGGUCUCGCAACUUGUACUCAUCCGUCUCUUCUCCAGUCUAGUCGCAGCUAGCGUGUUCAGCUUAAUAUUCAUCAUACCCACGUUCGCCCUCGCCUCUCGCAUAAUGUACCUAUUAUUUAGGGCCCGUGUUCGAGGGAGUUUCCACAAUCUCUUUGAUGUUCCCUUCAUCGCGCGCGCCGUAGUAUUUAUCGCCUAUCUCUUCAUUGGGAUGGUUUUCAUUGCAGAAGGCAUAUCCAAAUGGACGAACGUUUCUUCUGACAUUUUCGUCUCGACCUUUCCCUUAGCAGUUUCUGUUAUUUUCGGGUACCGGCAGGCUACGAAUGCCUUGCGCACGCAUGUCUUCUACAGGCUGCUAAACCAUGACUCCAAUGGAGACAGACACCCUUAUCCUUUUGGACAGUCGAGUAACUUCAGACCGCGACUUUCGCGAAUGGUGACGCCGGACGUCACGAAUUUUGGUGUUGCAGAUCCGGAAGCUACCGCCUGGCACGACUUCGACCUCUCCACGGAUAAGCGCUCCCAAGGAUGCCAAUACGGCUCCGACUUCCUACAAUCGCCCCCUGAAACAGCCAGAAACUCCGUAGAGGACGAUCCUAAGCUGGAUUUGCCCGUGCGACCCAAGUCACUCCAUCUCCCCACUCAAGAAGGCGACAGCGAACGAGACGUCGGUCCCUGGGAUAUUGGAUCCAUCCAGUCCAGGAGGGCGCACGCGGUCUAUCGACGGGGUUCUGAGCUAGACGGGAUGGAUAUGUCUGAUAUCCUCUUUGAGUCGGAGCGAGAUCCAAUACUGGAAGGACAUAGACGCUAG